CAGUGGCGGAGAGGCCGGUCGAGCGCGCGGUGUGUGUCCGAGGUGUUCGCCAUUGACCAGCCGUGAACCGCUCAGCGAUACUUCCGUCGAGGGCAUCGCGCUCCGGCGAGGGAACGAACGGCCGUGCAGUUAAAUGACAAGCGAUCAUGGCGACGCCCACCUGUGACAAGAAAGCGAGGGUAAUCGUUCUAGGAGGAUGCGGUUUCAUCGGCCGCAACCUCGUGGAAUAUCUGCUGGACAACGAUCUGGUAUCCUACGUGCGGGUCGUAGACAAGGUGCCGCCGCAGACCGCGUGGCUCAAUGCAAAGCAUCAGCGGGUGUUCGAGCACCCUUUGCUCGAAUUCAAAAGCGCUAACUUGAUUAACAUAGCGUCCUGCCAAAGCGCAUUUUCCUCCGACGAGCCUAUUGAUUAUGUGUUCAAUUGCGCCGGGGAGACGAAGAGUGGUCUGACGGAUCCGGUGUAUAAAGAGGGCAUUUACAAAUUGAGCCUCAAUUGCGCCCAGCAAGCGGCCAAGAUCCGAGUCUUGCGUUACGUGGAGAUAUCCUCUGGCAACCUCAGUGCCUCGGAAAAGAUCCCUCACAAGGAGGACAGUGCCGCAGAGCCAUGGACGUUUGUCUCAAAGUACAAGUUGCAAGUGGAACACGAACUGAAGAAUAUAACAGAUCUGAAAUACACCGUACUCAGACCGGCCAUUAUAUACGGCUGCGGUGACAGAAACGGCCUAGCACCGAGAUUGGUGGUGGGCGCAGUUUACAAGCAUCUAGGGGAGAUGAUGAAGUUGCUCUGGGGUCCGGAACUUCACAUGAAUACGGUUCACGUGAGAGACGUUGUCAGAGCUAUCUGGCACGUGGCUAACAGACCAGAGACGGUAGGCCAGACGUACAAUCUCGUGGACGAAGGAGAUUCUACUCAAGGUUCCAUCAGUGCCAUAGUCUCGGAACUGUUUAAUAUCAAUCACGAUUACUGGGGCACUGCGCUGUCUACACUGGCUAAAACCGAUAUGAGCUCCGUUGUCGAAGAGGUGAACGACAAGCACAUGACACCUUGGGCGGAAGCUUGUCGGAAAGAUGGAGUGGAGAACAGUCCGCUAUCUCCGUACAUAGAUCAAGAACUUCUGUAUAAUAAGCACCUGUAUUUACAACCCGGAAAGUUGUCAAGCACCACGGGUUUUACGUAUCUAUAUCCUAAAUUAACGAAAGAUGCUCUUGCGGAGGUACUUAAUGAUUAUGUGGCCAUGAGGAUCUUCCCGCACUCCCUGUUUUUGUGAACUUAGCAAUACCGACUGCCGAAUUUGAAUAUCGAUCAAUCUCUCUUGUACGUGAGGAUGCUACAAAUACCAGAUAUAUACACGGACGCCGAGCGUCGUUCACCUUGUGCCUAGAAGGGUUCUAUACAAGUUACAUACAUAUAUAUAUAUAUAUUCUAUUAUAUACAUCUUUACUUGACGUUUUAUACGCCAGCAAAUAAUGCUAAAUGAGUUUUAUAGAGAGAAUGCGUAUGAAAUUGGAAUAUUUCGUAGGCGGCCUAUUGCCAAUGUGAUAAACUAGCAAUUAAUGUACUUAAUUUUACCGUAGUUCUGGAAGCACGGCCUUUUUCGCACUUAAAAGAUGGCUAGUCAAACUGCGACGUUUAGGAAUUAUUCGGUACAAUGUUCUUAUCUACGAAGACAGUCAUAUGUAUAAGAAUAAAUACAAGACCUUUGUAGUAGUCUGAAUCAAUUUCGAUGAAUAUUUUAGAGGAUCAUUUGAUCGAAAAGAAGCUUUUUAUAUAGCAAUUUUUCCAAGACUCCACUAAUAAAGUUGUUGAAAAUCUAUGUACGCCUAAUAUUGCUAGAGAUAUUUAACAAGUUCUUUUUAUAUCUACAUUCCAAGAUGUACAUCUUCCACAAUGCUGUGAAUCAAGUUGACAAGUCUUUCUAUUGAACAACUGUUGUACGCAUAAUUUUAUUGUCGAUAACUCGUACGACCUAAAGAAUUGUAUUGAAUUAAGUACAAACACUGUUGGAGGUACGUUUAGAAGAUAUUCCUACAAAGGAUAUUCCUUAUCGAUAUAUGAAUGAUUCUUCAUAUUGCUAGAUUUACAUAUACGAGCUGUGCGCGUUUGCACAGUACAUACUUAAUAUAAAAUAAAAAGUUAUAUUCUAUCGAAUGCCUCGUAAAGAUAUUAUAUUAUAUCAUACUUUCGAUAUUCUGUUGUUACGUCGAUGUUGCUGCAUAUUCUUUGAUAAUAAAGUUGCUCCAUUUACGAAA